GCUUCCGGGUUGUGAUCCUCCGCCGUCUGACCGACAUGAAAAUCAACGCCUCACUACUCGCUCUCUGCUACAAAUUCUCCCUCUCACACAUAUACACUCGCUGAGCGUGAGAUCUCUCGAUCCGACCCCGGACAGCAAUGUCCUUCACAAUUCAACUUCUUGUCACCGAUUAAUCAAAUCCCAAACAAGAACACACAGAUAAUUAUUCCACAAAAGGCAUAGAAGUUGCGGGAUCUAUGAACAUGAGAGCGUUUGAUUGGAAAAUGGGUCAGACUAUAAUGUUGGUCCUUUUAGUAAUGAUAGCAUCCUUUUACACUGGCACUUUUUUUGGCAACAAAUCUUCUUACGUACCACUCCAACAACAGCCGGACGUACAAGAUCAAGAUGUCAAUAAUUUAUCAGCUGCCGGUACUUCCAAAUUUACAAAUAAAGUAGCUCUCACUUAUCGGACAGUGCCACUUACAAUCCAGAAAACCGGGAUGAAUAUAUGCCCUUUAUCGUAUAAUGAAUACAUUCCAUGUCAUAAUAUUUCUUACAACAAGGAAUUGCUACCAAAAUUGGAUCUUUCUAGAAAAGAAGAGCUAGAGAGGCAUUGUCCUCCACUAGGUAGGCGCUUGUUUUGUUUGGUGCCACCACCAGCUGAUUAUAAGUUGCCAAUAAGGUGGCCAACUAGUAGGGACUACGUCUGGCGAAGCAAUGUGAAUCAUAUGCACCUUGCUGAGGUAAAAGGAGGGCAAAAUUGGGUGCACGAAAAAGAUCAACUUUGGUGGUUUCCCGGUGGCGGUACUCAUUUCAAGCAUGGAGCUACUGAGUACAUAGAGAGGUUAGGAAAUAUGAUGACUAAUAAGAAGGGUGACCUCCAUUCUGAAGGGGUAUAUCAAGUAUUAGAUGUUGGUUGCGGGGUAGCUAGUUUCUCAGCAUAUCUUCUUCCUUUGAAUAUUCAAACUAUGUCUUUUGCUCCCAAAGAUGGCCAUGAAAAUCAAAUUCAGUUUGCUUUAGAACGAGGGAUUGGCGCAAUGAUUACUGCUUUAGCCACAAAACAGCUACCGUAUCCCAGUAGCUCCUUUGAAAUGGUCCAUUGUUCUAGAUGUCGUGUUGAUUGGCAUGAAAAUGGUUAG